AAAUUUAGCAUAAUAUCAAAAAUAUAUCGAUGACAAGAUUCGCAAGGGAUUUCAAAAAAUCGAUACAGAUUUACACAACACACUGCCGCAUUAUUCGCGUUUUAUAUAUGAGCAUUAUUUUAGUGAUACAAUUCUCAGCAAUACCACCGCAAUAGCAAUGGCAAAUGAAUGCGGAGUGCUCCGUUUGCCGGUGGACUACGAGUCCAUACGCUUCAAUGACUGGUCCAUCAGCUACGAGAAGUCGCACAUACUGAAGAGCAUGUGCCAUUUGGGCAGCGACAAGUGCUGCGACAAGGACGACGCCAAUCGCUGUGAUCUCUGCAACUAUCAACAUUCACUGGAGCUGCCACAUCUGCCGGACAUGGUGUUCCACAAAAACAAACUGGUGCUCCAGCACAAAGAUGGCGCCAUUAUGGAAUUUAAGCCCAUGGAUGCGCUGGCUCUGGUUGCCAAUGGCAAACAGGCCGCCUUGGAGGUGGCCUGCGCUCAGGAGUGGCGCGAGACGCGCGCCGAGCAGAAUAUGGAGCAGAAAUACAAGCCAUUUGACUGGACAUUUACGACAACAUAUCAGGGCACAUUAAAUGAUAAGUUUCGCUCCGAAUUGACGGACCAGACGCUCAACAAAAUGAAGCUAAUGCAGCGCGAAAAUAUUCUAUUCUAUCAUGAUCUCACACUCUAUGAGGAUGAGCUGCAUGAUCAUGGCAUUUCCGUGAUGAGCGUUCGCAUUCGCGUUAUGCCCUCCGGUUUCUUUGUGCUGCUGCGUCACUUUUUGCGCAUCGACGAUGUGCUCAUCCGGAUGCACGACACGCGCUUCCAUUGGGAGAUCGAGAAUGAUUACAUACUCAGGGAGUACAUACAUCGCGAGGCGCCCUGCUCGGAGCUACAGACUUCGACUAGCUUUUGGACGAAUCCCGAUGAAAUGCAAAAUUUUCUACCCGUAAAGACCAAGGAGCUGCACAAGUUGUACUUUAAAUAGUUGCGAGUUUUUAG